AUGCGCUCGUCUCCAUGGGAGCAGGAAGGAAGCGGAAAUUCUGGCGAGAGACCUGCUUUCAGUGAAGCAGAGGAGGGGCCAGUGAUAGAAGCUGGACAAGAGGACAUCUUUGAUCAGGAGUGUGAUGGCUGUGAGGUGAAGCCUUGCAGGAAAGUGGCUGUGAUUCAAUGCUGUGCAGUAACCUUGGCUUCUGUUUCCUGCGCUUCUAAAGCAGAUCUAGGAAGACGCACCUCCACUCCAGCACCCCAGAGCAAAAUCUCUUCUGAUGGGAAACUGCAGCGUAAGCAGAAACACAGAGAGUCGACACCCCAAAAUGAAUAUGUGAAGAAACUGAGAACUGACUCUGUUCAGAAUCUUUCUGCACAAGAUAGCCGACCACUUCCUGUGGGAUAUACAGCGACUCCACAUCCCGACAGUUCUGCAACCCAGGGCAACUUCAUUUCCCUACAAACUCCCCAGCAGAUUCCUUCAGAGCAGAUCUUGUAUAACUGUACUGAAUGUGGCACCAAUUUCAGUGAUCGGGGAAAGCUGAAAAUACACCAGCGAGUUCACACAGGAGAGAAACCCAAUCACUGUACGGAGUGUGGGAAGACAUUCAGAUUUGCAACUGGAUUAAAACUACACCAGCUAACUCACACAGGAGAGAAACCAUAUGAGUGUCCAGACUGUGGGAGGAGUUUUAAUCAGAAAGGAAGCCUUCAAAGACACCAGCAAAUUCACAAGGGGGAGAAACCGUACGAGUGUCCUGACUGUGGGAGGAGUUUUAAUCAGAAAGGUGACCUUCAAAGACACCAGCGAAUUCACAAGGGAGAGAAACCGUUUCACUGUGCUGAUUGUGGGAAGAGUUUUAAUCAGAAAGGUGAUCUUCAAAAACACCAGCGAAUUCACACGGGAGAGAAACCAUUUCACUGUGCUGAUUGUGGGAAGACAUUCAGACUUACAACUGGAUUAAAACUACACCAACGUAUUCACACAAGAGUGAAAACAUACGAGUGUCCUGACUGUGGGAAGAGUUUUAUUGAGAAAAGUAACGUUCAAGCACACCAGCGAAUUCACACGGGAGAGAAACCGUUUCACUGUGCUGAUUGUGGGAAGAGUUUUAAUCAGAAAUGUAACCUUCAAACACACCAGCGAAUUCACAAGGGAGAGAAACCGUUUCAAUGUGCUGAUUGUGGGAAGAGUUUCAAUCAGAAAUGUGACCUUCAAAAACACCAGCGAACUCACACAGGAGAGAAACCGUAUGAGUGUCCUGACUGUGGGAGGCGUUUUAAUCAUAAAAGUAACCUUCAAACACACCAGCGAACUCACACCGGAGAGAAACCGUAUGAGUGUCCUGACUGUGGGAGGCGUUUUACUCAGAAAUCUAACCUUCAAUCACACCAGCUAACUCACAGUACAGAUAAACCAUUUCACUGUGCUGAUUGUGGGAAAGGUUUUAAUCAGAAAUGUGACCUUCAACAACACCAGCUAACUCACACAGGAUAGAAACCGAUAGCUUUGAAAAUCCAUUUACAAACAUUAAUACUGAAACUAAAUGAAAAAGACAUUUCAGUGAAAAACGAGGUGUAGUGGAGUCUGUUGAGGUCCCUCUAGGAGUAAGAUUUGACAGCAGAAGAAACCGGGAUACAGGCACAUGAUCACGAUCCUGUAACUGACAAGUGUAUUUAUAUUCCAUUGUUAGAAUCUUUUAAGUUUAUAUUUAGGAGUCCAGACAUUUGUAAUCCUAUUGUACAACCCUGUGAACAAAACGCGGUUUAUAAAGAUUUUUGGUGAAAAGUGGAAAUCAUCCACUUUUCUCUCGGCAUAGAAAUGCAUUCCAAAUACAACUUUACUAGGAUGACUUUGAAACUGCAAACCCAUUAGGAUCCAAGCAAGGGAUACAUCAAAUUGGAAGCUUAUAUUUUAUUCUUAGAAAUCUUUCACCAAAGGUAGAUUCAGCGCUAAUGAAUAUUCACCUUGUUUCACUGUUCCACACAGAAGAUAUUAAAAAGUAAGGAUUUAAUGCUAUACCACAACCUCACGUUGAUGAUUAAAAACAUUUUGAAAGUACUGGAAUUAAAUUUCCUUUUUCUGAAGAACCAAUUGAUGGUACAGUUGCUCAGGUCACAGGAGAUACCUUAGGGGUGCACACACUUCUGGGGUUCAGGGAAUCUUUCAGUUCAGUUUUUUUCUGUCGACUCUGCUUGAUUGAUAAGAAUGCGUCUCAGUCAGUAUUCAGCGAUGAUGAUUCUAACAUCAUAUUACGUGACAGAGUUUUGCAUGAACAGCAUUGCAAUGAUCUGUUAGCAGACCCUACAUGACCCUCCUCCUUUGGAAUGAAGCGAUAUUGUUUGCUGAAUGACUUACAGUUUCUUUCUCAUUUCUGAUCAUUUUGCUUUUGAUAUUAUGCGCGAUGUCCUCGAAGGCAUCCCCCAGUAUGAAAUGAAGUUGCUUUUUGGCUCUCUCUCUGACAGUGUCAUCUCCAAGCAUGACAUCAUUAAUAGAAUUCACUCUUAGAAUUAUGGUUUCUUGGAGAGAAAGAAUUGUCCAAGGAUCAAUCUAGAGCAGUCUGGCAAUGGGAUAGAGCUCAAUGCUAUGCGGGCAGCAGUGUGGAGUAGCGGUUAGGGCUCUGGACUCUUGACCGGAGGGUCGUGGGUUCAAUCCCAGGUGGGGGGACACUGCUGCUGUACCCUUGAGCAAGGUACUUUACCUAGAUUGCUCCAGUAAAAACCAAACUGUAUAAAUGGGGAAUUGUAUGUAAAAAUAACGUGAUAUCUUGUAACAAUUGUAAGUCGCCCUGGAUAAGGGAGUCUGCUAAGAAAUAAAUAAUAAUAUUCAAA